AUGACUACCAAGUUACUCAAUGUUGCGCUACAUGUUGAACGAAACCUGAUAUUUGGUGUUUCUCGAGAUGAGAAAAUGCCCACCCCAGGCGAGGGGGAGCUUCUCAUCCGGACUCAUUUCUCCGGGGCGAACCCGGCAGACAUCAAGCAUUCCACCCAUCUUGGAAUCUAUCCUGCACGGCUUGGUUACGACUUCUUGGGAACAGUUCUCCAGGCUCCUUCAGGGUCAGCCUUCCACGUUGGAGACACCGUGGCCGGCUAUACUCCAACCGGAAUCGAUCGACCAGCCAAGUAUGGCACUCAUCAGAGCUACUUGGUCUGCCCCGAAACAAUGGCAUAUUCUGUUCCUGAGAAUCUUCCUUCUGAUCAUGCUGCAUGUUUGACUGUGGUCGCUAUGACAGCGGCGGAUGCACUGUACAACUUGUUCAAAUUUCCCCUCCCUGGUUCAUCUGACAGCAACACUGCCGGACCACUUUUGAUCUGGGGUGCAUCAACGAGUGUAGGAAUUUGUGCUGUUCAAUUCGCGAAGGCUAGUGGAGUCUUUCCCAUUUUCGUCUCGGCUUCGCUAGAAAGACAUGCUCUUUUCCAAGAACUUGGCGCCACACAGUGUUUUAAUUACAAGUCACCAUCUGUGGUAGAUGAUAUCAAGUCAGUGCUGAGAAACUACCAUUGUGAAGGGGUAAAAUACUCCUUCGAUGCUGUGGGAAGUCUCAACGGCCUGGGCUCAGCACAAAUGGUGGCUUCUUGUGCCUCCCCAGACGCUAUCUUGGUCUCUGUUGUGGUGCAAAAAGAUCCUCGGUUUGUGAUGCCAUUCGCUGUCACAAAUGAGGAUGUCACACUUAAGAUCCCGGGAGUUCCCCAUCUAAUUACAAUACCGGCUCGAAAGGAGGACCAUGAACGUGCAUGGAGCGCCCUUCAAUGGGCAGUGAGCAACUACGGAUCCCGUUUUCGGCUCGUGUCUGUCGAUAUUUUCAAAGGGCGAGCGGAAGAUGCUCUCGAGGAGUUGAAGGCUUUAGCCGAUAAUGGUCGAGGUUUUGGGAAGCUGGCUCUCAUGCAUCCACUUCAAUGA